CUCCGCCUUAACAGAGAGCUUUUCCAUAGAAGGAGACUUCAUGUGUGCAGCCCAUCCAAACAGACCAAAGACAGCACUGCCUCACUGCCGCUGACAGCAGUUUAAUCUUCCCCUCGCGGACUGCUGCUUAUCAGUCUGUAGAGAGAGCAAUGGUACACGAGCUUUUAUUAAAAAUGUCGAUAUUUGAGACUCUUUGAGGAUUUGUUGACGUGAGAGAACCAGCAAGGGUAAUCAAUCUCCGAUUCUCUGCUCUUUUGACCGCUUUAUCAGGUUCAUGAGAAGGUGAGAACGAGUCUUUCUAUUAAUAUAGAAAAACACGCGAGUUUUCAUCUUUAUCCAGAUCGUGUUAGGCGCCAUCAGACUUUGGAAAGAGAGGAGGGUGGAGAAGAAACACUUCCAUACACGGUGAUAAAGGUGGAGGUUGUCAGCUGAUUGUAAUUGAUCUCCACUCAUGAAGGGCAUGGAGAUGUUGCGCCGCUCCUCAGUGUUUGCGGCUGAAGUCAUGGAGGUGUUUGAUCGCUCUCCCACGGAUAAGGAGUUGGUGUCUCAGUCUAAAGUGUUGUGCAGGGAUUACAUUCACUCCAGACUCCACCGGGCGGGUAUCGGAUGGUCUAAACCAGAGCACGGGUCCGGAGGAACACUGGCUGAGGUGUCUUCAGUCCUGCUGUGGUUGGGUGACGAGCUGGAGUACCUGCGACCCAAUGUAUACCGCAACGUAGCACGGCAGCUCAACAUCACAAUUGCCUCAGAGAGUAUAGUCUCUGAUGCCUUUUUGGCUGUUGCUGCAGAAAUCUUCUCUACAGAAGAAAAUCGUACAGGUUUGGAUCAACAUGAGGGUGUUACAUGGGGGAAGAUCGUGUCUCUGUAUGCAGUGGCCGGAGCUCUAGCUGUGGACUGUGUUCGGCACGGGCAUCCAGCAAUGGUGCACACCAUUGUCGACUGCAUGGGCGAGUUCGUUCGCAAGAGUCUUGUGUCGUGGUUAAAGAGGAGAGGAGGCUGGGCGGACAUCACCAAGUGUGUAGUCAAUACAGACCCCAGUUUUCAUUCUCAUUGGUUGGUGGCAGCUGCCUGUGCCUGUGGUCACUAUCUCAAGGCCGUGGUCUUCUACCUGCUGAGGGAAAAAUGAAGAGCAGUAUAAACAAGUGACGGACAGCUGAACUCUUCAGAAGGGGUUUCUAGUCACUGCUUAAGCCUUUCACUGCUCCUGAUGUGUUUACACUUGCACAAAGUUUGCACUUUGGUUACCCUUUACAAUAAGGUCUCAUUUGUUGACACUAGUUAUAUAAUUAGUUAAAAUGAACUAACUAUGAGCAAUAUGUUUUUACAGCAUUUAUUAACCUUUGUUAAUGUUAGUUAAUAAAAGUCCAAUUGUUUGUUCGUGUUAAUUCACAGUUAAUUCAUAUGUUGAAAUUAAGAUUAUUAAAUGCUGCAGAAGUAUUGUUCAUUGUUAGUUCAUGCUAACCUUAUUGUAAAGUGUUACCCAAUAUUGUUUUAAAGAAUAUUGCGCUCCAAGAUGAACGUUAUUUUUAAGGUUUUAUGUGUUUAACCUGGCCUCUUGCACUCUAGGCAUUCCUUGCUGUUACCAUUGUUUUUAUUAAUUGAACCUAAUGUUGAUAUGCAGAAUACCAAGCCCAACGGGAGAGGAAGCUUUUGUGACCUUUGUAUUUGUGAGUGAAAUAGAAAGUUCAUGUACUUGGAUUAAUGCUGUCUAGCACAACGUUGUCUUAUCAGAAGUUUUCUCUGAUUGUUAUUACAUUUUUCACAGUCUUGAGUGGUUUUGAUGCUCUCUAAAUGCAUAUUAUUAACAAUCAAGAUUCAAAAAUUCAACUGAGACCCACAAUGCUAGGUAAAAAAAAAUGGCCAGGAGUUAGAAUGCAUGUAAUUGAGAUCAAUAUCAAUAUUUCCCAAGGAAAAACGUCCAAAGUACUGUAUAUAAAUGGCUGUAGGAGAAUGAAAACAAAGAUUUGGGUUGACUAAAAAUAUAGAUAUAACAUUUCAGUUCAUUCCAUGUUUCAAGUCUGGACCUGUCAACUAGUAUGUCAUAGUGAUGUCUCUCUUUUUUUUAUAAUUUAUUUUCUGUGUAAUAUUUUCACCUUACAUGUGGUGUUGUUGGUGCCGCCUUGAACAAUUUGUAAGAUAUCAUGGAGCCAUCACUAUAUUAAUAACUUAAAACUUGGUGUCUUAAAAUUGUUUCAUUGUUUUGUUCUCUUGUAUAGUUCAGUUUAUAACAAAUAAGUCUGUGGAAAACUACACAUUGUUUUGUGUAUGCUACACUGAAUGUAUGCAAAACAAAAAUAUACUUUUUAUUUUCAAAAAUGUUUUAGCUGUGAUUUUCUUGGGGUUGGGAAAAAAAACAUCAUCAUAAUAAAGCCUUCAUACUGAUAAUUGUACACAACAUUACUGUAACAACACAUUAGUGUAAUUGGUGGAAA